CUUAUAACAGUGCCUUAGCCUGCACAUCUUUUGGUGCUAACGUAGAUCAUCAAUUUCUGGGACGUAGUAUAGCGAAUUUUCAGAUUCAUGGCCAAGUCUAUUAUCUAAUCAGAUCAUUAUUACCAGAUGAAGAUUGCACACCAACAGAACGAGUAACAACUAUGCAAUUUUACUCCUAUAGAUUGCAGAUUAGAGAUGGUGACUGGAUACAAC